AUGAACUAUGCAAUCGUGUCGCCAGAUCAUAGCUUGCUUGCUGCUGUCGGAGAUGAGAACCGAGCCUACUUCUAUACCAUCACCCGUGAUUGGGAGCUAUCAUCCUCCAAAGACAAAGAAACCGAGAAGAUCAUGACCUGGGGAUGGGAGCUAACUCGAUGUGUUGAAAUGGAUAUAGGGUCCAGAGUGGAUGAUGCAUGCUGCUUCACGAUAGCAUUUUCCCCGUCCAGUCAUCUGUGUGCCAUCGGAUCCCAGUCCGGGAUUAUCACUAUCCUGGAUGUCAAUCUCGUUCACUACCCAGACAGCGAGACAGCCGUCAUUUGCCAGUUCCCGGCUUCUCGAUCGUGCCCUGAAGGAGGUGCUGUGCGCUGUAUGACUUUCUCACCUGAGCCCUGGGACCUAUUGGUUUGGCUGGAAGGUCAUGGCCGAGCUGGAGUGGCAGAUGUUCGCCAAGCAUUCCUGCGCAGACAAACUUUGUAUUUGGAUACCAAUGAGCCCUUGCUCCAGAAGGUUCACACGGAAAGAUUGAUCGUCAACGACCCUGAAGCGAGCCUUUUAGAUGAUGAUGAUGAUGACUUGGAAAUCGAACCUCGAGUGGGAACAGACGCCGACGAAUCGUUGAAUGAACGUACCGAAGAUGGGAAUGGACUUCGCGAUUCUCUAAUCCAAGAUCUUGGGGAUCGCGAGAGACUCAUUCUGGAUUUCCUCAAUGCUGCUCGAUGGACAGCGAGGGCAGAAGAGAGUUUCACUGAGCGGCCAGACCGGCCAGACCGGCCAGAACGACCAUCGAGAGCUGGCUUGCACCCUCAAGUAGCGGCUCGUACGCGCCAUCACGGUUCCACAGAUGGGGCCACCCGCACAUCCCGUCCUACUUCGCCUCGACAUUCAUACGAGACUGCUGACAGUUCUCUGGAUAACCACCUGGACCGGACAGGGAGUGAGCGCUCCUCUUUUCAGCCUAGACGUCAGAGCUCAGUAAUACUCUCACAAGGCAGCAGAACCCCCGAAGUUGGAUCUUCUAGCCAAGAUCGACAGUCCAACUCGCUACGAUGGACUGCAUCACGUUCCGCCGAGUUGACAGCAAUUCAAGCGGAUGUUAUGCACCGUCUAAGUUCUGAUCCGGAAGUUCUAUCGGACGAUUUUCACUCCCGUGAUUUUUUUGAUCUCCCACCGCGACCGACUGAUGCCUCUGGGCCCAGCCUUGAAUUCGAAUACACUCCCGAAACACCUCGUCGACGACCCCAGCGAUCGAGCUCUAUUCCGCGACGGCCCGAACGACUAUCGCACAUUGAAUUCUUAGCACGGGAACGAAGAUUCGACCCUGCUCGAGUCUCUACGUAUGAGAUCAGAGCCAAUGUUGCAGCGGAGCGUCUUCGACGUCAGCGCCGUAUGGCAAAUGCUGUACACGAGCGUUCUUCUGACCGAGAUAAUGUGCGCUCGUUAGAACGGGAGCAUCUGCACCGACAAAUAGCUGGCCUUGAGCAAGCGAAUUCUGCGUGGGUUAGGAAUGUUAUCAGUGAGCUACCCGAGCGAAGUUUGAUUCAUGGCCCUGGUGCCGAAGAGCCGGAUUCCACGGCCGGAGUAGGCUGGGGCGCCGAUGGAAGGUCACUGUGA